AUGGGCAGUGAUUAUGACGUCGACGCCAUUAUUGUUAGAAAUUCUGUCUUGCAUAGUCAAUAUCAGAACGCCUCUCUACGUGUAAGCAUUGAUGCAAGAGAACAAGCAGUAAAAGGUAAAGUUUUCAAUGACUGUAAUUGUGACGCCUUUCCUUCUGUUAAAAGUUCAUGGAUCGACUUCAAUAGCAAAGCAAAGAUAAUGGAUGAUGAACAAGAUUUAGUAUCGGCGUCAUCGUCUGCUACCACUACUUCUAGUAGUUCUAGUUCAGAAUAUAGUACUGAUGAGUCUACUGAAGAACUACCGACUGUUGAAAAAGAACAGAAACAACGCUUGUUGGCAAAACUUUUAAAACUGCAAUACUCGGUCAACGAACGCAUCUAUGCAGAGGGAUUCUUUGUUGAUGUAGCUGAUGACAAAAUAGUCAUUCUUGACAUUUCCGAAAAACAUUUGAUUGUAGCCGGAACAGAAGAUGAUGUUGAUCUUGGUGCAAUGAUACCAUUGGCCUUUAUUACUGUCGCUGUGGCACAUCUUGAAAAGCGAAUCCUCAAAGUUACCUCAUGUACCGAGAAAGUGAGGAUUUUUAGAUUUUGUGAACCCGAGGACGAUGCUGAUGAAAUUUGGGAAGAAUUUACAAAAGUUAUUGAACUGAAGGAACUUUCCAAGAAGUUUACUGGUAAAUUCAAGCUGCAAGAUGAUGAUACAGUUUCAAUGGAAUCUGUAUCCAUUCUGGCUAAUUACAUAGGAUUCGUUUCUGAUCAGAACUCUUGUGGAGAUCCAGGAACAGAAAAACAGUCUUGGUGGACUGAUGGAUUUACAACUCCAAAACAUAGGGAUAUUGAAGAGCAUCUGAAGGAACUUGUGAGCCGAGAGAAAAAAACCGAAAUUGAAAAUGAAGAAAAGAAAAAGAAAGAAAUGUCUGUUGGUAAACUCUAUGAUCGUGUACAUGAUCACCAUUUUGAAAUGGAUAAAGCCGUCGGCAAUUUGGCUCAACCGUCCAGAUACACUUCUGCUGCCAAGAGUCACUCUUGUCAUUCCAACAUCAGUGAUUGGUCUACAUCGUCAGCUCACCAUGCUUCAACAUCCAAAACUUUUGCUGAUUCUCACGUACCAGUAGCAACUGAUAACAAAAAGAAGCCAAAAAAAUGGAAGAAAAUAUUAAUCCCGAGAUCAGUUCGAUUUCAACUUAAAACUAGAAAUGCUGCUAAAUCACCCAGUUUACUUUCUUACUGUAUUUCUAAUGCUGAAUAUGAUUAA